AUGAAAACUCCGCCACGCCCAAAAUCGACAAAGCUCUCCGAGACGUGCGCACCACCGCCGGAGACGAUUAGAGAUAAGAAGAGGAAUAAGAAAUAUUCGCGGCAUGGGCUCUUAGGGGAGGGCGGAUUCGCACGAGUGUACGAAGUCGAGGAUGACCACGGCGGGUUGCUUGCCAUUAAGACAAUAUCUAAAACAGCGCUGCAGUCCAAGAAAAACAGGACUAAGCUCUAUGCUGAAAUCAAACUGCAUAAAGCAUUAUCACACCCGAAUAUAGUCGGCUUUGAGGAAUGCUUCGAGGAUGAAGAAAACGUUUACAUGCUGAUGGAAUUGUGCAAGGCAGGCAAUAUGAUGGAUCUUCUUCGCGCGAGAAAGAGAUACACAGCUCCAGAAACACGCUUCUUCCUCGUACAGCUUAUAGGCGCGUGUCAGUACAUGCACGAGCAUUCAGUUAUUCACCGUGACCUUAAACUGGGCAACUUGUUUUUGGACGAGUCGAUGAAUGUCAAAGUGGGUGACUUUGGCUUGGCCGCUUUGAUUGAGCGCGAGGGCGAGCGGAAGAAAACAAUAUGCGGUACUCCAAAUUAUAUCGCUCCAGAAGUUCUAUUUGAUACAUCGAAUGGACACAGCUUUGAAGUCGACGUGUGGUCUAUUGGCGUAAUCAUGUACACUCUUCUAGUAGGGAAACCACCGUUUCAGACCAAAGAUGUCAAGGAAAUUUACAAACGGAUAAAAGACAAUUUGUACGAAUUCCCAGUGGAUGAUCCAAUCCCGACUGAAGCUGAGGAUCUCAUUUCGUGCAUCCUGACACCAGAUCCUAACGACAGACCGACUCUUCACGAAAUUUUAGACCAUCCUUUCUUUAGUGGGAUUACGCCGCCAUCUAUCCCGUCAACAGCGCGCAUGUCUAAACCUGACUUCAGCAACGUGACAAACGCAAUGUCUAAACAUAACAUGCGCAGGCUGCGUCAGCAAGUAGAGCUCGACAUUUCACGCCCAAUAGCGGCCAAGAAUGGCGAAGAGAAGACGGAGAGUGUGUCUGUCGCAGAGCAGGAGAGGGAGUUCAACAAGGCAGUACAACCAUCAUCGCCAAUCUCCACACUGCUCAGCUCGGCCAGGCAGCCACUGAUUGUUGCCAACAGUCUCCCAUCGCAGCCGCUGCUUAGACAGGCGACAACUGCAGCACUUGCUGAGAAAGAGAAGAAACAGAAAAUGGAAAUACACGCAUCGAACAAGAAAUACAUGGAGAAUUUGGAAAAGAAAGAUGGCGAGGACGAGGAAAUUGCUGAUCAGAAGCUGAGAAUAGUUAGUGAAAUGGUCAACAACGAUGAGAAAAAUAAAGGAAAAGCGAGAGCAUUGGAUGAGAAUAAUCAACUUCCACCACCUAAAAGCAAAAGCAAGAGCAGUUGUUUUGUGGAAAUGCACACUAAUCUUCACAACGCAUUCACUGCCAAACGUGAAGCAAAGCGUUUCGAGAUACCAUCACAAUACCGCGACACAGAUUCGGACAAAGCAUCCAAAGUUUUCAUAGUUAGUUGGUUAGAUUACUGCAAUAAAUAUGGAAUGGGAUAUGCAUUAACUGAUGGCACCGUUGGCGUGUAUUUCAACGAUUCAACAUCCAUGGUGCUAUCACCUGCAAAGGAAACGGUUGACUAUAUAGCGUCUCGUGGUAAAUCGAGCACAGCGGUAAGGAAAAAUUUCAACAUAGAUAAGGAGAUACCGAAGGAUUUAGAAAGUAAGAUGUUGUUGUUGAGACAUUUCGAGGAUUAUAUGCUCGAGAGGCUCUAUGGAGCACGUUCAUACACAUACGUAGAUGAAGAAAGGCGGAAGGGGAUGACUUUUGUGCAGAGAUACUAUCGGAUGAAAAAUCUGAUAGUGUUCAAGCUGUCAAAUGAUGUCGUGCAAUUCAACUUUUAUGAUCACACCAAGAUGAUACUCAGUCAGGGAGGGUGUUUGGUUACAUACAUCGAUAAGGAUUACGCGUUAUCGAGAUGGACACUGGAUGAGAUAUUGGAAAAGCAAAGCAAGGAUGAAAGGGAGAAGAAAAAGAUGGAAGGGAUAUUAGUCAAGCUCAAGUACUGUAAGGAUGUAUUUGCAACAGGGAGGUAG